CCCCCUAUUUACCACCUGUUUGACUCGGACCUGCGCGUGCUCUCUUGCUCGCUACCUCGUCUUCUUCUUCUUCUUCUUCUUCUUCCUCCGAGCUCCUAGCGGAAGGGAUUCAGAGAGGGUUCCUCGCCGCCCGUUCCUCGAUUCCCGGCUUCGAAGGGGAAGAAUCAUGGGGAAGUCGUACCCGACCGUGAGCGCGGAGUACAAGAAGGCUGUCGAGAAAUGCAAGAGGAAGCUGAGGGGCCUCAUCGCCGAGAAGAACUGCGCUCCACUCAUGCUCCGUAUCGCGUGGCACUCUGCUGGUACCUUUGAUGUGAAGACGAAGACUGGUGGUCCGUUUGGGACCAUGAAGCACGCGGAAGAGCUCAGCCACGGGGCCAACAACGGGCUUGACAUCGCUGUCAGGCUCUUGCAGCCGAUCAAGGAUCAGUUCCCUACCAUCACUUAUGCUGAUUUCUACCAGCUGGCUGGCGUCGUUGCUGUGGAAAUUACUGGUGGACCUGAAGUCCCUUUUCACCCUGGAAGGGAGGACAAACCAAAACCACCUCCUGAGGGCCGUCUGCCUGAUGCUACCAAGGGCUCUGACCACUUGAGACAAGUGUUUAGUGUUCAGAUGGGCCUUUCUGACCAGGAUAUUGUGGCCCUCUCUGGUGGGCAUACCCUGGGAAGGUGCCACAAAGAGAGGUCUGGAUUUGAGGGACCCUGGACAGCGAAUCCUCUCAUAUUCGACAACUCGUACUUCAAGGAAUUGUUGAGCGGAGAGAAGGAAGGACUUCUUCAGCUGCCAUCUGAUAAGGCUCUUCUUGCUGACCCUGUUUUCCGCCCUCUUGUUGACAAAUAUGCUGCGGAUGAAGAUGCGUUCUUUGAAGAUUAUGCUGAAGCCCAUCUGAAGCUCUCUGAGCUAGGGUUUGCUGCGGCGUAAGAACUUGAAGUUGAAGGUCGGAGCAGGUGCUACAAUCUAAUGUCACAUGCUUUUUUGGUUUAGAAUGUGGAAUGUUCUAUUUGGUUGUCGGUUGGCGAAAUUGGAUGCUUUUUGUUAAUUUUGUUGAACAUGUUAAAGAUUCGGAAUUUCAGGACCGAAUGCUGUGAAAGUCAUCCUUUAUAUAAAUAAGAGCACAUUCUGCA